UCUUCCCCCCCCCCCCCCUUCGAAAGGCUGGCAGUGAACUGUUCUCCGCUCCUGCAAAGCAUCAGGCCAUCCAGCCACAUAUCUCCAACGCAUGCCUAAACAUGGUUUUACUUUCGUUCACCUAACACACGCCGAACAAUAUACCAAAAGACCUGUUAAACACCGAUCUGACCACCGAAUCGAACCCGCAACAUUACAUCCACUGCCACCAUGUUCUGCUGCCGUAGCGGACCCUCGAAUCGCCGCCGUCGCAACCAAGAGAAGGCCAUUUUCCUCACGAUCGUUCUCGUCUGCGCGAUCUACUUCCUCUUUUUCGCAAACUCCUCGGACCGCCGACAACAACAAGCAGUGUUCACGCACGAUGGCUCAGCGGAGAGAGGGCCAUACCGGGACCCGCGGUCAGGGAUGGCAACCCCGUCGCAGCGGCCCCCCUCUCGAAAGGCCGACAACGCCAUGGUGGUGGCGAGCAUGAAACGUGAUGAUGUGUCUUGGCUGUUUGAGAACUUUCCGGAUUGGGACAAGAAUCUCUACGUGGUCGACGACAAGAACGCGCCACUGACGGUGAAGCAGAACAAGGGAAGAGAGUCGAUGGUUUACCUGACGUAUAUCAUCGAUAACUACGACAAUCUCCCAGAGUCUAUCCUCUUCAUCCAUUCGCAGCGCUUCCAGUGGCACAACGACGACCCCUACUACGACGGCGUCCCGAUGCUCCAAAAGUUCCAGGUCCCCUACCUUCAGAAACAAGGCUACGUGAACUUACGCUGCGCCUGGGUGCUUGGUUGCCCCGUCGAAAUCCACCCGCUCACGGAUACCCAUCGAAAUGACGUCCACGCCGGCGAGUACUUCAAAACCGGAUUUAUGGAGCUCUUUCCCGGAGAGCCAGUGCCGCAGGAAGUAGGGGUGUCGUGCUGCGCGCAGUUUGGUGCUACGCGGUGGAAGAUCCUCGAGCGACCCAAGAGCGACUACAUUAGGUUCCGGGAUUGGCUGGCGACGACGACGCUUCCGGAUGAGCUGAGUGGACGCAUCAUGGAAUACUCGUGGCAUAUGAUCUUUGGCAAAGAACCCAUCUAUUGCCCAACAGCGGAAGAAUGCUAUUGCAAGGUGUUUGGAAUGUGCAACUUGCAUUGUCCCGAUGAAGGCGAGUGCGAUGAUCGCUAUGCGCUGCCUCCUUACUCCUCUCUACCAAAGGGCUGGCCCCAUAUUGGAUGGAAUGGUCAGCCCCAAGAUCCCAGCGCAGGUGGUCUUCCAGAGGCGUGAUUUCCUACAUAGCUUGUCAGAUUUGCACUGCCGACAUAUCAUUAAUUAUUGACGCCGUGACAAAGGGCUGAUCCCUUCGUGGAGCGGUUCGUCAGUUGGUCUAUACAAGAGCAAUAGCUGUCGGGAAUUUGCGGUCGCUUUGAGAGUUGCUGGCUUCUACCCCCGCGGGUUACUUCGGUCCCACUUGGCCAGAUGAACAACAGGUGCUAUAUGCGCCUCCGCCACCAGCCCUGAGGCCUCACUCGAAUUUUAGCACACUUGAUGUCAAAUGUGCAUAGGUUUGAAGUCUCAAGUCAACAUCAUUUCAGACAAAGCAUUGCUUUUUCACAGCUCUGGUGGGUACGGUGAUGGGAUGGCGAGGAUCGACAAAAUCCCAAUGAAUUGUAAGAAUAUGCGAAGGAUAAAACACUUGAAUACCCCAUUUCCUUGUAUAUCAGACGGCGUUUUUUACUUGGAGCGCUUAUAUACAAAUGAUCAUUU